UGCUAGUGCUGACAGAUCGGGGCUACAAAUACCAAUUAGCAGCUGUGCUGUGCGUCCUGCGCGCUGUGUAACUGGUGUCAGUGCUCCCCGGCCGUAGGACGGGUGAGAGCAGCAGCAGGAGGGGCAGAGGCUGGAGAGGGGGAGUGCAGGCAGAGGCAGGGAGCUCUCACAUCCGAAGUGGGAAAGUUUUUGGGAAAGAGGAAAAAAAGCUGGUGAUUACCUGGCCGUGCACAGGGCUGGAUUACACGCACUUCUCUCUGCGAGUCAGGGGGCAUGUCAUAGUCCCUGCUGCUGUAUGUCAGAGACUGCUCCUGGUCUCCAGAGACUACCGGGGUGUCGGAGUGGGUGUAUGUGCAGGAGACGGCCUGGGUGUAUAUGAGACAGACUGCUAGUCCAUAGGAGACACAUCGCUGAGCGCUGCGGAGACAUGGCAGACAAGCGGAGGUCGCCGUGCACCAUGAGUCUGAGAGCUCACGCCUUCUCCGUGGAGGCUCUUAUCGGGGCAGAGAAGCAGCAGAAGAAGCGCAGGAAGCUGGAGGAUGGCUCCGGGGAGAGGACGUCUGCCGAAAUCUCUGAGCUGCCCUCCCUACCGCCAUCCGGAGUGACGGAGCUGGAGCACUCUGUGUGCAGCAUGCUGGCCUCCAACUCUCCCAGUGAGGACGGAUAUAAUGGAGUGAAGACAGCAGCUGGCACUUGCAGUUCUCCCCUGACCUCCACUGUGGUGUCAGGGCCAGGAGGGACUGUUCCCCCGGUCAGUCGUGUGGAUCUGCAGGGAGCGGAGCUGUGGAAACGUUUCCAUGAGAUCGGGACAGAAAUGAUCAUUACCAAGGCCGGGAGGCGGAUGUUUCCAGCAAUGAGAGUGAAGAUCUCUGGGCUAGAUCCACAUCAGCAAUACUACAUAGCCAUGGAUAUAGUGCCAGUGGAUAAUAAAAGAUACCGUUAUGUCUACCAUAGUUCAAAAUGGAUGGUUGCAGGCAAUGCAGACUCCCCAGUCCCUCCACGCGUUUAUAUCCACCCGGAUUCCCCAGCUUCUGGUGAGACCUGGAUGAGACAGGUCAUCAGUUUUGACAAACUAAAACUCACCAAUAAUGAACUGGAUGACCAAGGCCAUAUUAUUCUACAUUCGAUGCACAAAUAUCAGCCACGUGUCCACGUGAUUCGGAAAGAUUGCGGUGAUGAACUGUCUCCCGUAAAACCAAUUCCAACAGGAGAAGGAGAGAAAGCGUUCACAUUCCCUGAAACAAUAUUUACCACAGUGACAGCUUACCAGAAUCAACAGAUAACGCGUUUGAAAAUUGAUAGAAAUCCAUUUGCCAAAGGAUUUAGGGAUUCUGGGCGAAACAGGAUGGGGUUGGAAGCCCUUGUGGAGUCUUAUGCAUUUUGGAGACCAUCCUUGAGGACACUAACAUUUGAGGACAUACCUGGUAUUCCAAAACAAGGAAAUGCAGGAGCUUCCUCUUUAUUGUCUGGACAUGGAUCAGCAGCUACUCAUCCUCACUUAUUGCCAGGUUCCCCAUGCACUUCUCCUACAUUUCAUCUAGGAGCAAAUACAAGUCAGCUUUGCAGUCUGAAUCCAGCAGAUUAUUCAUCUUGUGGCAGAUCCAGCCUGGCACUUAACAGAUACAGCACAUCUCUUGCUGAAACAUACAACAGACUUGCUAACUCAGCAAAUGAAACCUUUGCAAACUCAAGGACACCCUCCUAUGUUGGAAUGGCAAGCAGCACUACAGUAAACAUGUCUAUGGCAGGAGCUGACAAUGAUAACUUUGGGUGUCCCCAGACAAGCCUAUCCAUGCAAAUUUCAGGAAUGUCACCUCAACUGCAGUAUAUCAUGCCUUCACCAACAAGCAAUGCUUUUAGCAGUGGGCAGCCACACCAAGGUUCUUACAAUGCAUUUAGACUACAUAGUCCAUGUGCUUUGUAUGGAUACAAUUUUUCCACUUCCCCUAAACUAGCUUCAAGCCCUGAAAAAAUGGUAUCUUCACAGGGAAGUUUUUUGGGAUCCUCUCCAAGUGGAACCAUGACCGAUCGUCAGAUUCUUCCCCCUGUGGAUGGGGUUCAUCUCCUAGGUGGAGCCGGACAGCAAAACUUCUUUGACUCUAGAGGAUUAGGAAGUUUAACAUUAUCAACAUCUCAAGUAUCUGCACAUAUGGUUUGACAGGGAGUGUUAUGAAAGCAUAUGUUUCUUUAUGGUAAUGAACUUUUAACUCAUUUUUAUUUAGUUUGUAAAUUAUGUAUAUGUGUAAAUAUAUUACCACACAAGCAAUGCACUACCUUGCUGUCUAUGUGGUUUUAAUGAUUGUUUUUUGUAUUUCUUGUAGUUUUCUUAUGCACAAAAUAAAUAGAAAAACAGACACAACCACUCACUUAGGAAAAGUCUUCCACCAAUUAAACGUGUUCUGCAAGAACCAUUUGUAAGCUAUGUUCUUGUAUAUAUUCUGAUAUUCAGCAAUUAUAAUAAUGAAUAUAGAGUUUUAAAAACAGUUUACAUUGUUUACUAAUAUAUUUGUUUAAAGAGCUCCCUUGCAGUUUCACAUAGCAAUAUGGGCCAAUGCAAAAUUAAAUCAUCAAUGCAAAAUGACAAAAGGCCGUUUAUAGUUUAAUGUGUUUUUGAUAGCUUUGGGAUAGCUUAAUCUACUGUCAGGGUCUUCAAUAAAAAAAUGAUGUAAAGGGAAAAGCUGGGGUUUUCCAAUUAAUAGCAACCUGCACGUUUUUCUGAUGGUUCUCAAUGGAAUACUGUACCAACACCUUUUUUCUAGUUUAAUUUUUAACUUUUAUAAUUAAUUCCAGAAACAGGAAGAAAUUGGUGAAAUAAUUUCAGAAAUGAAUAAAUUAAGGAUAUGAAAACUUGUCCGGAGUAUGGAAGAUGUGUUUCAUAGACAUGAAGCACCAUGCAGUCACUUUCAUUUUCUAAACUGUGUGAGAAAACUGGAAAAUAAAUAUACCAAUUGGUGGUUUGUGAAUACCUUCAGUUUCCUGGUGGUUUUACAUCUACCACAUCUACUAAAGUCGAACAGCAGAUAAAUUGUUGAAAACCACCAGUUUAGAUGACACCAUUGAACACUAUGCCACCCCAAUUUUAUUUAUAAGUGAUAAUUACAAACCACCAAAUUUAUCAAGUAGCUGUUUUGCAAACCUCAGCUAAAGCUGCUGAAAAAAAUCAUCAUGUUAGGAUGCUCAAUACACAAUACCAAACAAUGUGGUCAAUUAUUAUAUAUUAUUAAUGAAGCAAAUAACAUUAAUAAAUCUUUUACACGAGCAAUAUUAUUUUAUUACUAUAUUAAGAAGUAAAGUUAAUGUUUAUUUUUUUAGAAUGCAAUAUUAUUUAUGUAUUCAAUAUAUUAUAUGUGCAAUAAAAUAUUUUUAUGAAUGGGCAACAAUUUGUAUUUUAUGAUGUAGGCACUAUAUAGAGCCAUUAGAUAAUAAUUGUUGCCCAUGUCAAAAUAUUUUUCCCCCCCCCCAAUCUAUAUAUAUAAAAUCGUAUGUAUGUAUGUAUAUUUGUUCCAGCAUAACUCUGGAAUGCCUGGAGCAAUUUACACCAAACUUGGUACACAUAUGCCUUACAAUCUGGAAAGAAAUACUGUGGGGGUUAGAGACCCCUAUCACCCAUAGGGGUGGGGGUGGGAAGGGGGUGACAUGUAAAAAUCCAUAAUUUUUGUGCAUAACUCUGGAAUGCCUGGAACAAUUAACACCAAACUUGGUACACAUAUGUCUUACAAUCUGGGAACAAAUACUGCGGGUGUAAGACACCCCUAGGGGUGGGAAGGGGGUGACAUGUAAAAAUCUAUAGUUUUUGGGCGUAACUCUAGAAUGCCUGGAGCAAAUUACCACAAACUUGGUACACAUAUGACUUACAAUCUAGAAAAAAAUACUGUGGGGGUAAGAUACCCCUAGCACUCCUAGGGGGUGGGUAGGGGGUGACAUGUAAAAAUACACAGUCUCCGGGCAUUACUCUGGAAGGCCUGGAGCAAUAUGCACCAAACUUGGUACACAUAAGACUUACAAUCUGGACAAAAAAACUGUGGGGCUAAGACACCCCUGGCACUCCUAGGGGGUGGGGGUGGGAAGGGAGUGACAUGUAAAAAUCCAUAUUUUUCUGGCAUAACUCUGGAAUACCUGGAGCAAUUUACACAGAGGCACACAUGGGUAGGGGCAGAGGCACCCAUGUGUAAGGGCAGAGCCACCCACAGGUAGGGGCAGAGGCACACAUUGGUUGGGGCAAAGGCACCCAUAUGUAAGGGUAGAGGCACCCACGGGGAGGAGCAGAUGCACACAUGGGUAAGGGCAAAGGCACCCACAGGUAAGGAAAGAGGAACACACAGGUAGGGGCAGAGGCACACACAGGUAGGGGCAGAGGCACACAUGGGUAGGGGCAGAGGCACACAUGGGUAGGGUUACAGACACACACAGGUAGGAGCAGAGGCAAACAGGUAGGGGCAGAGGCACCCAUGGGUAGGGGCAGAGGCACACACAGGUAGCAGCAGAGGCACCCAAAGGUAAGGACAGAGGCACCCAUGGGUAGGGGCAGAGGCAUAUGGGUAGGAGCAGAGGCACCUACAGGUAAGGGCAGAUGCACACACGGAUAGGGGCAGAGGUACACACGCUUGGGGGCAGAGCCAUACUUUAGUGUCAAAGAUAUGCAAGGAGACCUAGGGCCCUUUGACAAAAAGCCUGCAAACCUAACAUAUUUAACAUACAGUGGGCGGAGCAUGGCCUGUCAUCCCAGCAUGUACAGCACUAAACAGGGCAGCAGCAGAGGCGGGACGGGGAAGAGAAGGAGGUGGAUUAUUAUCCUCAGAACUAGCAUUUUGACAGCAUCAAUCUGGGUAAGGCCAGAGGUGUGGCCUGACAAACAUUGGCAUUAUUCUUUAAAUUCCAUAGCGAAGCAUGGGUAUUCAGCUAGUUAACAAUAAAGUAACAAGUAAUACUGCACAUUUAAUAUAAUAAAUAAAUAAGUAAAUAAAUAAAUAAAUAAUAUUGCACUCUUAAAAAAUAAACAUUAAUUUUGCCCCUUAACUUGAUAAGGUCUGUGCUGGGGUUCAUGCCACCCCUUUAAUGGCUCCAAAUGCAGCUUGAUCGGAAAAACCUUAAAAAGAGGGCUACACUGCUCUCCACUGGGAGAAGGGUAAAUAUAUAGCUGAGAGGGAGUGAUUCAUAAUGGGGAUGAUGUUGGGCAGAGCUGUGAGCAGACUGAAAUGAUCCAGUAUAUACUCAAACCCUUUACUAGUAUAUUAAUAAAGCAAUAUUGCCUCCAUAGAAUAUGUAUUAAUGUUAUUUAUUUCAUAAAGUGGUGCAUAAGCAUUGCCAUUUGGAUAUUUAUUUAAUGGGGGAUGGGGGUGGGGGCAAUGGGGCUUCAGAAUGAAAAGAUAAUUUCUAUAGUAGACAAGUUUGAUAACAUGAUAGCUGUCGUUUACUAAUGAAACCGAAUUUCCAAGAAUAUUAUUGGCCAGGAUUUGCUUUUGUGCCCUUUGUUAAUAUGAUAUUCUUCAUAUCUUGACACUUAUUAAGUUCUCUUCAAGUGGUGUGUUAUUGGUCAACACGGGGACCCCCCUUUCUCAUGAGGGCAUGUGCCUUAUAUCCUUAUUUGUCCUCAUAUGUCCUUAUUUGAAAAUUGUAGUGUGUGGGGGGGCAAUUUUCUUUCUGGCAAAGGGCACCAAAAAGUCUACUUUAAGUAUUGGUUUGCUGCCACUGCUACCUCUAAUGCUGUUGCUGACUUGAUUAUAUAAUUAUUGUAUUUAAUGGCAAAUGCAAUUUCAUGGUAUAAACGUUAUCAAUAAAAUAGAAGUCCUGCUGUAACAUUCAUUGCUGUUAACAUGUAAAUAAGUUACCAGCAGUAACCAGUCAAUUAAAAAUAAAUAUUAAUUAUUAAUAUUUAAUUAGCAAAAUAUUCCAGUGUGACUAAAACUGUUUACACAAUAAAUAAAUACCCCUACUAUAUUUUUGCAUUAUUUAAAUAAUGUGCAAAUUAGAAAAAUUAAGAAUUUCACUUGUUUUUAUUGUGUGAAAAUUUUUCUAUUUUUUUUCCACACUCCUUCCUCUAACCUUUGCUGUGACCAACAGAAACAUAAUUGCACUGCUCUGAGUUUUUGCACUUAAGAUUUGCACAUUAUUUAACUAUGGGUAUUUAAUAUAGAAUUAUGACUGUAUAGUAAGUGCCAUAUGAAAUGACAUAAGUAAGUAGAGGUAUGGGCCAUUUUCACUAUAAUGCUUAGGAUUUAGAAUUUUCACAUAAAUGCACAACAUAUGAGCACCAUGCCUAAAUGUAACUAAAGCAUUUUAAAAUUACAAGUCUUUCCACACUGUACCCCUCCAUUACACAUUGCCAGGGCAGCACUGAUCCUACAGUAUCCGUGGGUGGAUGCUCUUGGUGAUCAAUUAUCACCAAGUAUCAAAAAAUAUUUAUUCAUAUUUUCUUGUGUGAGGAUUUUUGGGUACCUUUCAAAACUGACUGCUAUGUACAAAGUCAGAAACCACUAUUAUUAUAAACUAAAAAUAAUUGAAAUAAUCCAACAAAGUUUGAAAAUACACAUAUUCAGUACAGGUUUAGUCUCCCAUAUCCAAAAUGCUUGGAACCAAAAGUAUUUUGGAUUUUUUAUUUUUCUGUAUUUUGGAGAAUUUACAUGCCACAUUGAGAUAUCUUGGGGAUGGGACCCAAGCCUAAAUACUAAGGCCGGUAUCCAUUUGCCAGCAUUAAAUUACCGCACUGCAAAAACAGACUUUUUAGUCUGCUGGUAUUAUUGGGCUGUCCAAUUACAGCCCAUUUUUACCAUACGGUAAAUGACCCAUUUUUUUGGACAAUCCAGAAUAACUUCUUGGACUCAUGAGUUUUCACGUAAAAAUGGUUCUAUGAGGGCUUCUUAUCAGGGAUUCUGCUUUGUGUGCCUGAGGCACGCAAACUCUAAUCCCAGAUAAGUGCUGGCUGUCAGGGGCUAAUUGGAUAGCCCUGAGGGUAUCCAUUAACCACGGUAAUUUACCACAGUUAAUUGGAUAUCCCCCUAAUUGCAUUUAUGUUUCAUAAACACCUUAUACACACAGCCCAAAGAAGAGGCAUAUCUAUAAUGGGUGCAGUGUGUGUAGUGCACAGGGGCACAUGCUGCACCAUUUUUCAGUACUUACCUCUCAGUCCAGCAGUGCUAUGGCAGUGCUACAAAAUCACCAGUAAAAUGGCGCUGUUUGCAAACGGGACCCCUACUCUCUUAAUAUACCCGUUGCCUGAAGGUAACUUUAUACAAUAUCUUUAAUAAUUUUGUGCAUGAAACAAAGUUUGUGCAUAUUGAAGCAUCAGAAAGCAAAAGUGUCACUAUCUCAGUCACACUCAAAAAAUGUUGGAGUUCAGUUAUCAUAUUUUCAUAUCAUAUUAUGGGAGACUUAACCUGUAUAUGUACUUGAAUAAAAAAAAAUUAUUGUUGUGUAAAAAAUGUGGAAUACGGAAGAGUGGUAUGUAUUGAAGAUGAUAACACUGAAAUUUUAUUAUUUAAAGUGACCAGUAAUUUAUACUGCUGCUUAGGUGAACAACAAAGGCAGCCACUGAGAUGAAUGCUUUUCAUGUAGUUUGGACACAAAGUUUUCUGUCUACAGCAAAUUCUGCAAAAUGCUCAUAUUACCAGUUAUUUAUGCACACUAAGGUGAAUUUUGUUUGGAGCCAAUUAACCUACCAGUAUAUUUUUGGAUUGAUGGAGGAAACCAGAGUACCCGAAGGAAUCCCAUGCAAGCACAGGGAGAAUAUACAAACUCCACACGGUUAGGGCCAGUGUGGGAAUUGAACCCUUGACCUCAGUGCUGUGAGGCUGUAAUGCUAACAAUUACGCUGUCCAUGCUAUACAGUGGAAUUACAGAUAUCAUAAUUGGUACAUACUGUAUUAGUAGAAAUAGUCAUUAAAAAAAAUACAUAAUAUGCAGAAAUUAAUUUGAUUAAAAAUUAACAAAAAGAAAAUAUAAGUUACUAUAUAUAGAAAAACUACUAAUUGCAUUGAAGUCAUUUAUUUUUGUUAUUUUAGUUAACCUUUUAAUAAAGUUCGCUCCUGCAAAUGUUUUAACUUUCUUAUUGACCAUUCCUUAGAGGUUAUAAUAAUAAAAAAUUUCAGAUAAAUUACAAGGGGUAGGUGGGGGAUUUUUGCUGGCACACAGAAGACUUGCAGCCAAUAAUCCAUUUGAAGGAAGUCAUAUUGCUAUAAAUAGCUGAAAACAAUAACCAGUGCUCAACUGCACAAUAAAUGUAAACAUAUCAAAUAUAAGUUCUAUGAACUUAUAUACAUAUAUAUUUGUGAGUUAUCUUUUUAUUGUUUUGUUUAAAUAAUAGCCAUUUUGUAUGUUAGGUUUAGCAAUCUUUAAGACAGCAGAGUCUUUGAAAUAUAAAAUAUAACAGUAAGAAAAACCUAGGGCUAAUUCAAUUCACAGAUGAACUGCAAAAUUUUUCACUAUGUAUCCAUCAAGGGACUGUCACUGUAGAGCAAAAGUCUUUAAUGUAAUGGUAAAAAAAUAGAUUUUACUCAGUAAAUAAAUUAUUUUAUUUUAUUUUAAUCAUUCAUGGGUCCACUAGGUUCAUCUAUUGCUUGCAAUCUAAAAAUAUUAAACAUAUUCUUACAAUCUUAAGUACCUUUCUCAAUCAAAUUUAAUAAUAUUGGCAUUCCAAGAUAUAUUUUGAAGCCUAAAACAUUAUAUUGUCAAUUUUCAUACAAUCUCUAGCUAGGUGGGUAAUUUACCGGUAAAGUCCUAAAUUUAAGGCUUGAGGUUUUUUUUUACUUUAGCAAUUUACAUAAUCACUGAAGACCAACUAUCUACUCAAGCAUCUUCGGACACUGCUGAAAUAAAAUGCACUUGGACAAUGACUUGCGCAUAUUUGUAAAACUUAAGCAUAUUUAUUAUUUCAAAAUCUUAUCUGUCUGGAUUGGGUUUGCCUCUGAUGAGACACAUCUGAUAUUGCCCAUGUUCGAAAAAAGCUCUACAUACUGUAUAUUUUUUUUAACAUUUUGAUUACAAUUUAAGAAUUUAAAAUAAACAUAUUUGAUAUGUCACUAUUAUUUAAUUUGUAAUGUUUAUUUUUUAAGUUUCCAUUUUGAAGGUAGUGUAGUUUUCAUUGUUAUUAAAAUGUUUUUAUGAGAAAAUA